AUGGAAGAAGUAUUGGUUGUACCUGAAUGUUCUCCAGAACUGAAGCCUGUGGUCGGUCAAAAGUUCCAAUCACUAGAUUUCGCUUUCGCGUUUUACAAUGUGUAUACUCGCACUAUUGGAUUUGAUACGCGCAAACAAGGAAUAAGGAAGACGGGCUGUGUUACUACUUGGUAUUAUGUUGUAUGCAAUAGGGAAGGCAGCAAGAAGACAAACGAGCAUGACCAAUUGAAUGCACGUUCAGGUUUUUCUAUGAAGCGCAGACGGUUAUCCAAGCAUUGUGGUUGUAAAGCGAGCAUAUCGUUCAAGUUCUUCUCCGAAGGAGGACUCCCAGGUUAUAUUAUUCAGGAGUUCAACGAGGUUCAUAGCCAUUAUAUGGUUGGCGAUUAG